AUGUCCUCGUCGCCUUCGUCGGUGAAGCGGAAAUCGCCCCGAAGGACUCCUCUGCAAGAACGAACGCCAUCACAAGCGAAUGAAAUCUCGUCGCGGUUGGGCCCAGAUGGCCGGACAGAUCAAGAGAAUUUGAGCAUAUACAACACCACCCCUUUCCCCACUAAGCCGGCACAUAUCCUCCUUCCCAGCACCCUUCGCCAACAAAGGAGUGGUCCCAGCCCCAGCGCGGAUGCAUUGGGUUUCUCCUUCGAGAGUGAAGCCGGGAGAAGCCAUGAGACUCCCAGGCUUGCGCGGGGAGGCGCCCAGCCGACGGUCAAGCUCAAGCGGUCGGUCAAAGCAUUGAGAGAUCUCUAUGAAGCGCAGGCCGAAGAAGCUUCUCGUCCGUCAACAGCCACGUCGCCUCCUCUUCGCCCGAGUACCGCGAGCUCCUCGAGAUUGAGAAGUAUCAGCUCGAAUGAGAGUUUGUCGGGAGCCUACACUUGGGAGUCACUCGGGAAGAUCUCGUCGGAUGAUUUGGCAUUAUUGCCCACCCUUCCUCAUGGAGGACGAGCCGUCAAGAGGCUUUCCUCGCGGUCCUCGUUCACGUCAAUAGCCGAGAAAUUUGCUGCGACGUCGAGUCCCAAUUAUCGAGUGCUCGGGGUGACAUCCAGCCCCAGGCCAUCCACCGUCAAAGAUUGGACCAGUUCCGCACUUGAACCGUUUGAAGAGGAUCCUCCUAGCACCCUCUCGGCUCUGGAGAGCUCGUCAAGCCCGAAUGUGGUACGAUUAGCCCAUACCUCCAGUACAGAACAGUUCCCGAGCACGGAUCAGUCAUCCAGCCCCAAUGUCAUCAAGCUGGGAACAUCUUCUCCGACGACUGCUCGACCCGGACCGUCGAAUUAUUCUACACAUUCGCGAUCUUCGUCCAGCUCAUCAACGAAAAGGAAAAGGUCCGGUACCGGAGGAAAUCGUUCAUUUGCAGAGAGAGUCGGAGCGAGAAACCCAUUGGCAUCAAGUCCGCCGGUUGAUCGAUAUGGUCCAUCCUCUGCCGCGGCCAGCGUGAUUUCCCUUCAGGAUCGGGACAUGCCCUCCUCUGCACCUCAGAGCAGUCAUGCCACGGGUCGAUCCAUUGAUGAUUCAAGUCCCGUGGUGCGCAUGUUGGGAAGAGACGAGCCGAGCUCUGACGGCAGUUCACUGGCCGAAACUCACGCCAGCCUUCAAGCGGCGUUAAGCUCCAGUCCCCCUCGAAUACAAUAUCCCGUCGUUCGCGCGCCUCCGAUAAGCCAACACGCUGGACUGGUGGUGCCCAAACGAAAUUCGAGGUCCAUGUCCACAGACGAUGCCGGAACCAGAUUUACGUCCAGAUUAUCCGCCGUCCCCUCGGAAGGCUCAUGGGCUCAGACCAGAGAGACGAGUGAAUCAUUUACCGCCCCCGACGAUCUCGACGAGUAUUGGACUUCAGACGAUCUCGCCCCGGCUUCCACCUUUAUCAUCAACGAAUCCGCGAACCAGUCACAAAUUCGAGUCGUCCCAGAUUCUGACUCGGGACCGCCGGAGGUGGAUUCUCAUGAAGCCACGGAUGAAGUGUCCGCUCUUCCUCUCAGCGAAUACGUAUAUCGAUCACCGCCUCUUCGACACUCCCACAGUGGCAGCUACAUUGGAUCUGCCAAUACAUCGCAAUCGCGACUUAAUUCCAUGAAAUCAUUUACGCAGUCACGACAUAACAGUUUUCUUUCGACUUCCCUUCGCCCCUCGUCAUCUAGCAGUACGAUCAGUAAUGUCAUUCCCGUUCCAUCGUGGGCGCGGCGGUAUUAUUCGGGCUUCUACCGAGAUUCUUUUCAGUAUCUUUAUGCCAGCGUGUCGCAUGUCAAUUUGCAUAAUCUCGCCAGUCCAUCUCCAGCUCCGGCCCCGGCAGCGCCCGUACCGUUCCCGGCACCCUCUCGACCGGAGACGUCCAAGUCUCCGAACAGCCCUAGCCUCCGCAACAUUCAUCAUGUCAUGACCACGAGUGUCGAGAGUCUUGUUCGUCCCGAGACUCGCUCCCGGCUUGAGGCACGAAAGUCUCAUACUCUCCCAGGUGUAGGGCCACUGGUAUCCCACCCAAUCCGAGAACCAGCCACGGCAGCUCUGUCGAAUUCACGCCGCCAGUCCUAUCCUCUUCAGUCCACGCCCACCCACAAUCGUUCCGUUUCUGCUCCUCUACAUCCCGCCGAUCCACGUGCGCAUUGGGCGGGAAUACUUGAGAUUCACGAACAGCCACUGGAAGACGGUAGGGGAUCAAGCUAUACGAUCCAUCACCACCACGUCCGAGCAUCUAGUCAGGGGUACAGCAUUAGCCAAGGACACUCGUCGAAUCAAUCUGUGAUCUAUAUGCCUGGUGGCCCACAAACAUCUCGCCGCUUCUCGUGGUCGCCUCAUCUUCAUCACGACCAUCGUCUCAACACGGGGUCGUCUGUGUCCCGGGGUUUUGGGUUCCCAUUCAAUACCAAAUCCCGUUGGUCUGCUGCCAGUAUGGUCUAUGAACCGAGAAGGCUUUUCUCAGGCAUCGAUUUGCGUACGGUCCAGGUCGUCUGCUUCAUUGCCGGGUUCCUGCUGCCUUUCACGUGGUUUGUUGCCGCAUUCCUCCCCCUACCGAAACGUCCAACCUCAUUCAACGAUUUGGAGAAACAAGCCCAUUCCAUGACUCGUGCUGGUUCGACGAGACGACAAUCACACCCACAUUCCCAGGCCGACCAAGGUCUCUCGGAACGGGAGAUAACGGAUAUCAUAUCCCAACUGCGGCUGGAACGUCAUCUCGCUGGCGCGGCGGAACUCAAAUGGCAGAAUGCCCGAUGGUGGCGUGCUUUGAAUCGCUGGAUGUGUGCUGUCGGCGUGGUUGUCUGUGUCCUGGUGAUUGUUCUCGCGGUUUUGGGAACCAAGAGGGAUUGGUAA